AUUCCUGUUCCUGUUUGGCGACCCGUCGCCAUAAGUCUGAGUUCGUUCUUGUGCGCAGAAUUUGGGGAGAAACCCACAUAUUUGCCCGUUUUCCACGCUUGGGAAGCGGCUAUCGCCUUUAAGAGGCUCAGCUUUUCCCACAUCAAGGAAAAAGCUGCAAUUCCCGGGGUCCGGGCCCCACUUUUUUGAGCACUCGUUCUCUUACUGAAUAAGCUUUCUUUACUGAGACGCCUGAACUGUGUCUCUUUUUUCUCUGUUGUUUUGCUGUCAAGAUGUCGCCGUAAUGGAGUCUCCGUGUCUGACAGAAAUGAUCCAGGGCCUUCGUCGCCUGACCCGCACUUGUAAUAACCCGCUCACCUCUCCUUUUGUCCCAUUUAAUGCUAGAGAGCUCGGACGCUCUCUCCCCGGAGCUCGGCCUCAAAUCCUCUCUGAAGAACACCAUGGAGAAAAAUCCGAACUGCAACGGCAACAACAAGGUCCCGCCCCGCUCGAGUUCUACAGGCCCAGCUCCUGGAGAUUCUAAACCUAAAACAGAUGGCAAGAAUAAUGGAGGCUCCAAGCGCUACAACCGUAAGCGAGAGCCUGCUUUCCCCAAGGCAGAGGGCUGCCCAGGCCCCCGUCGCACCAAUCCACAGAAAAGCAAGAAUUUCGACAAGAGACCCCCCCAAAGGGGAGGGGGUGGCCGACAGUAUGGGCUCAUGGGUGGUGGGAGAAGAGAAGAGGUAGCAGAAAGCCGCCGGGCGGAGUUCAGCCCGGCUCAAUUCACUGGACCCAAGAAGAUAAGCCUGAACCACCUGCUCAACUUCACGUUUGAGCCGCGAGGUGGCCACGGCAACGGCAGCGGUGACGGCCACACCUGCUGGGGACGCCGCAACAAGUGGGGCCACAAGCACAAGCCCUUCAACAAGGAGCUCUUCCUGCAGGCCAAUUGCCAGUUUGUGGUGAUUGAUGACCAGGACUACAAGGCCCACUUCACUGACCCAGACUCUCUGGUCAACUGGGACUGUGUGCAGCAAGUGAGGAUCUACAGCCACGAGGUGCCCUCCUGCCCCAUCUGCCUGUACCCUCCGGUGGCGGCGCAGAUCACGCGCUGUGGCCACAUCUUCUGCUGGCCGUGCAUGCUGCACUACCUCUCCCUCAGCGACAAGGACUGGUCCAAGUGCCCCAUCUGCUACGAGGCCGUGAACGGACCCGAUCUCAAGAGUGUGGUUGCCAUGGAGACCCGUCAGUACGUGGUGGGCGACCAGAUCACCAUGCGGCUGAUGAGGAGGGAGAAGGGCUCGCUGAUCGCACUGCCCAGCUCUCAGUGGGUUAAGGUGGAGGAGCCCAUCCGCUUUGGAGAUGGGCAUCUGGGGGCGUACUCGAAGCUGCUGCUGGCCUCUGAGGAGCAGGUGCUGGGGCUGCUGCAGGAAGAGAAGGAGGCGCUGAGGACCCAGCUGUGCCUGGAGGAGAACGACCCACAGGACUGCUUCAUCCAGAGCGCCCUGCACCAGCUGCAGGAGCGUGAGGAGUCUCUGCUGAAGCGGACCUCCCAGGAUGGGGCUGGUGCAGAAGGACUGGACCUGCGGAAGCUGUCCCUGUCCGACCCCCCCUCUCCUGAGGUCACUGUGGUAGUUUCCAACCCCAGCUCCAAGCCUGUACUGCAGUACUCCUCAGCAUUCGACGAUGAGGUGCAGGAGAUGCCAGACGUGGACCCUGUAGAGAUGGCUGAUGAGGUGCCAGAAGGACCCGCUGAGGCCCCCCUGAAGCAGGAGGCUGACUCCGAGGCCCCACAGGCAGUGGAGGGGGCACCUGCUGGUUCCCAGACUGAGAUGGGCAGACCUCAGACCUCAGAGCCUGGACCCUACUACUACUUCUACCAGGCGGACGAUGGUCAGCAGAUGUUCCUGCACCCGGUGAACGUGCGCUGCCUGCUGAGGGAGUACGGCAGUCUGGAGGCCAGCCCCCCGGCCAUCACCGCCACCGUGGUGGAGGUGGAGGGACAAGCCGUCACCGAGGAAGUGCGCCGCCGGCAUCGGUACCUGGCCCACCUGCCCCUGACGUGCGAGUUCAGCAUCUGUGAGUUGGCAUUGCAGCCCCCGGUCCUCUCCAAAGAGACCCUGGACAGCUUUGCAGAUGACCUGGAGAAGAGGAAGCGUCUGCGGCAGAAGAAAGCGAGGGAUGAGAAGCGAAGAGAGAGGCGCAUCGAGAUGGAGGAGAACAGGAAGCAGGGCAAAUAUCCGGAGGUGCACAUUGGCUUGGAGAACCUGCAGCAGUUCCCUGCGUUUGGUUCUCCCCCCUAUAACGGCGGCAGCCCUCCUGCCCACCCAGAGUUCCUGCUGGCUCCCCCCUCACCUCUCAGCAGCAGCCCUGCCUCAGAUGGACUGAUGUUCCCCAGUCUGGGUGGACACAGUCCUGUGCUGAGCGUGGGAAGUAUGGAGGAUGACUCCCACUGCAUGUCCUUCGCCCAGAUGCUCCGAGAUGGCAAAGCCAGGGGUGAUGUUGGGCCUAAGAUCACCCCAAAGAAAGUGGACAUGCUGCUGGCCCCCCCGGUGGCAGACAGUGAUGGGGAGAGUGACGGCUCAGACCGGGUUCCUGUGCCCAGCUUCCAGAACUCCUUCAGCCAGGCCUUUGAGAAGGCGCUGAUGCAGCUGGACAAUGGGCCCCCGGCCACCCCACAGCCUGCUCCCAUACCAGAAGAGAAAGGGGGCAAGAAGAAAAAGAAGAAGCAGAAGCUUCUGUUCAGCACCUCUAUGGUUCACACCAAGUAGAAGAGGACUCGCAAACACACACACACACACACCUCUCACACUCCCUCUGCUCAUGGCUUGUGUUUCCCUCACCCAGCUGUGUAUCUCGCUUGCCUCUCGACAGCAUCUCCUUUUUAUUCUCUGCUUUCUCAAUAAGCAUUGGUUCUCAUUACAGCUGCUUAUGUUAAGAGUAACCUGCAGCUGCAAACCCCUGUGAAAUUGCAGUGCCCUUCUGCAGUGCCCUAACUUGGCCAUGCCCAUGUACAGUCCCCCAUACCGUUCAGAUGUUUUAAAAUAAACCUGAAACGAUUGUUGAAAACAAAAACUGAGGUUCAAAGAGAAGAUAUUAAAUUGCAGAUUGACAAUUGUUAACUCGCACCAGCCCAAUGUCAAGAGUCGCAGAUUGUUUUUUUUGUUUUUUUGAGGAGUAGCUUGCACUAUAGGGAACUUUAAA